ACACAUCAUGGGGAGAUAUUUCUCUCUGGGAACCUUCUGGAAAGAAAGUGCCACUGGACUAGCACCUUCAUCAGCGUCAAACCAGCGUGUCCCAAUUACGACCUCACUGUCUCCCCUCACCGCUUCCCCCACCCCAUUUGGCCAGAUCGUGUUGGCCUUGGGAAUUCUGGCUUUAAAAACAAAUUCCUGUAGCCAAUGCAGGACUCCUUGAAACUGCUUUGCUUUGGUUAUUCUGCUCAGAACAGCUCAUGACUAUGCAAAUAUGCCUUGUUUUGAAGACCUUGGCUUUGUGAAUAUUUUCUUGGGCCUCUCUGAUUUUUCUCAUCCGAAUUCUUAAAAGAUUCUGUAACAUAACAUGCAGUAUAAUGUAUAAUUAUGUGCUUUUCGUCAAGAAACAUUUUUUGAAUUCCUGUUACAAAAAAUAUCGAACAAAACCAUACUGUUGUAGCCUCUGUAAAUACUCCACAAAAGUGCUUACUUCAUUCAAAAAUCAUUUACAUCGUUACCAUGAAGAUGAAAUUGACCAAGAGCUGGUGAUCCCUUGUCCAAACUGUGUGUUUUCCUCUCAACCCAGAGUUGUGGGAAGGCACUUCAGAAUGUUUCAUGCACCUGCUCGGAAAGUCCAGAACUACACAGUGAAUAUUUUAGGUGAAACUAAAUCCUCUAGGAGCGAUGUGAUAAGUUUUACGUGUUUAAAAUGUAACUUUUCAAACACUCUGUACUACAGCAUGAAGAAGCAUGUGCUGGUAGCCCAUUUUCACUACUUAAUUAAUUCCUACUUUGGCCUGAGAACUGAAGAGAUGGGUGAGCAACCGAGAGCUGCCGAUCCCCGUUCCACCGAGAAGAUGCCCCCAUCCGACAGGUAUUACUGUAAAAAGUGCAGCGCCAACGCCAGCAGCCAGGAUGCUUUAAUGUACCACAUCUUGACGUCGGAUAUACACAGGGAUUUGGAGAAUAAGCUUAGGUCUGUGAUCUCAGAACAUAUUAAGAAGACUGGACUUAUGAAGCAAAUGCAUAUUGCUCCAAAACCAGCUGUACGUGUGGCUGUGCCGCCCAACAGCAGCGCCCCGGGCAUGCCAGCCACGCCUCCUUGCUUCCACCUUGCCUUGCCGCAGAGCAGCCAGAGCCAGACAGUGGAACAGCCAGUUCAGGGCGCGCCCCCUCCCGUGGCUGCGGCCUCGGGCGCUUCUGGAAGCCUCACCCACUCCCCGCCUGCCAUCGCCCAGUCUCACGUGACUCUGGUCUCCAGUCCUCUGCCGGUGGGCCAGGGCAACCUCACUCUGCCUCCCUCAGCACCUCAGCCUGUCUUUCUCUCUCAUGGAGUUCCACUCAGUCAGGCAGCAAACGCUCCUGUGUUGCCCUUGAGUCAGCCAGUGGGACCUGGAAAUAAGUCUCUCGGAACCGGUGUCCUCCCCAUAAACCAGACCAUCCGCCCGGGGGUUUUGCCCCGCAACCAGCCUGUUGGGCCCAUAAGCACACCAGUUGGGCCUGGAGUUCUUUCGGUAAAUAGACCUGUUGGGUCCGGUGUCCUUCCUGUCAACCCCUCUGUCACCCCUGGAGUUCUUCAGGCGGUCUCCCCAGGGGUGAUUUCUGUGAGUCGGACAGUCCCGUCAGGGGUCCUUCCUGCGGGACAGAUGACCCCUGCCGGGGUUAUCCCUUCAGGACAGACAGCAACUUCUGGGGUUCUCCCUGCUGGCCAGGUGGUUCAGUCAGGGGUGCUCCCCAUUGGCCAGACAGCCCCGUCGGGGGCGCUCCCCACUGGCCUGGCCGUCCCGCCGCGGGUUCUCCCUCCCGGCCCCGCGGUCCCGCUGAGGGUUCUCCCUGCAGGCCGCGUAGUCCCACCUGCGCUCCUUCCUCCCACCCAGACGGUCUCGUCAGGGGUUCUCCCUGUGAACCAGGCUAUCAACUCUGGUGUCCUUCAGCUCAGCCAGCCUGUCGUGUCAGGGGUCCUUCCCGUGGGCCAGCCAGGGAGGCCGGGGGUCCUGCAGCUCAGUCAGUCUGUGAGUACCAACAUCCUGCCUGCACAUCAGCCCAUUAGACCCGGGGCUUCGCCAAACACCGCUUUCCUCACGUCAGGCUCUAUUCUCAGACAGCUGAUACCCACAGGGAAGCAAGUGAACGGGAUUCCCACAUACACACUUGCCCCAGUGUCUGUCACUUUGCCUGUGCCCCCUGGAGGCGUCGCCACUGUUGCCCCUCCCCAGAUGCCCAUCCAGCUCCUGCAGUCGGGCACGGCUGCACAGAUGGCCGGCUCCGUGGCCAGCCUGCCCUCCCCACCAGUGGUGGUAAAUGCCACUCAGAAUAUGUUCCUUCAGCCCUCUUCGUCUGUGGCGGAGGCAAAUCAGGUGCUCAAACAGGCAAAGCAGUGGAAAACCUGUCCAGUUUGCAACGAGCUCUUCCCUUCCAAUGUCUACCAGGUCCACAUGGAAGUGGCACAUAAGCACAGCGAAUCCAAAUCCGCUGAAACACUGGAGCCGGAAAAGCUGGCGGCAUGUGCGCCGUUUCUAAAGUGGAUGAGAGAGAAAACAGUUCGGUGUUUGUCCUGUAAGUGCUUAGUCUCAGAGGAGGAGCUUAUCCGCCACUUACUAGUGCAUGGCCUGGGGUGCUUGUUCUGCCCGUGUACUUUCCACGAUAUUAAAGGCCUCUCAGAGCAUAGUAGGGCUAUGCACCUAGGGAAGAGGAGACUGCCCGCGGACUAUAGUGACAAAGGAUUUCAGCUGGAUGUCGAUGCCAAUGGCAGCCUGCUGUUUCCCCACCUUGACUUCAUCACCAUCCUGCCCAGGGAGGAGCUGGGUGAGCGGGAGGUCUACUUGGCCGUCCUGGCUGGGAUACACUCCAAGUCGCUGGUGCCCGUGUACAUCAAAGUGAGGCCGCAGACCGAGGGGGCGCCCGGGAGGCCUGGCAACCAGGCGCUGACCUGCCCCUUUUGCUUCGGCACCUUUGUGACGGCUGAGGCAUACGAGCUGCAUCUGAAGGAGCGGCACCACAUCAUGCCAACGGUCCACACGAUUUUGAAAUCCCCGGCUUUCAAGUGCAUCCACUGCUGUGGGGUUUACACGGGCAACAUGACCCUGGCAGCCAUUGCCAUACAUCUGCUGCGCUGCCGGAGUGCUCCAAAGGACAGCAGCUCAGGCCUGCAGGUCCAGCCUAAUUUUAUCGAGAACAGUGAACUGCUUUUAGUCAAUGGCGAGGUGAUACAUGACUCCGGUUUUUCUGUGAAGAGAAAGAUGCCUGAUGGCCAGUUUGGGGCUGAAGACCAGAGGGACGGCGAGGAGCAGCCUCUCCUCGUGAACUCUGACGCAGAGCCGUCCCCAGAGCAGGUGACGAGUGCUGUGCCUUUCAAAAGACAGAGGAAUGAAAGCAGGACGGAGGGACCCCUUGUUAAUGAUGAUGCUCUCCAGAUUUUAGCACUGAAUCCUAAAAAAUAUGAAGACCGUUCUUACGAAGAAAAAAAGCAGUUUCUUAGAGAUUAUUUCCACAAGAGACCAUAUCCCAGUAAAAAGGAAAUAGAACUGUUAUCCUCACUCUUAUGGGUGUGGAAAAUUGACGUGGCUUCAUUUUUUGGAAAAAGAAGGUAUAUUUGCAUGAAAGCAAUAAAAAAUCACAAGCCUUCUGUACUUUUAGGCUUUGAUAUGUCUGAACUUAAAAAUGUUAAACACAGAUUGAACUUUGACUAUGAACCACAAAACUUGUAAAAAAAUUAGGAAAUCUAAAGUACUAGAUAAUUAGUAGUCUUUUUCAAUUGAGAUUUUUUUAAAUGUUAUUUUCUUCACUGUAUGUUGAACUAAUCAAUUUCAGUGGUCUUUAUGCUGCUCUUUAGAUUUAUUUCAGGUGCUCAGAAAGACUUCUAUAUAAAGAAGUGAAUAGUUCUUUCAAGUUUAUUGUUUCCUGCAGCUUGAUUUUGUAACAGUUGUUUUUCAUUUUUUCCUCUGUCAUGUAAAUUAAAUCUUUUGAUAUUUCAUGCAUGCCUUGUUUUCCCAGUAGUGUCAGUAUCGUAUGAUAAAAACUGAAAUCUAUAUAUGUUUGUUUUUCAUUUAAGGAAAUUUCAGCUUGUUUCAGAAUACUUGAUUAACUGCGAAUUAAAACUGCUCUCCCUCAGCUUCACAAGUAGCAGCAGAUGAUACAGUAAAUGUUUAGAGAAGUGAGUAGAAGCCCCUGUGACAUGUCUGGUUCCUUAAGGAUGCACUGCAUUAACUUUUGCUGAUUUCUUCUUGUAAGAUGCACACGUAGCCCUUUAGGUGUCGAGAUAUGCAGGGCAUCCUGAUCCUAGAUGGUUACAGCACCAACAGUAACAGUGCCCUCUGUGUGCCAGAUUUUAUAUGUGCUUUCAAAUAACUAACUGGAGUGGCUACGUACUUCAGUAAGACAACUUACACAAAAGAAGGAGGGCAGCUGGUGCAGGACUUUCUGAAGCUCACUGGGGAAGCCUAAGUUUAGCCCUGCCCGUGGCUUGCUUCCCACUCCAGUCACAUGACUCCAGGCCUGUUAGCAGAGGCCUUUUCACUACGUUCAGCUCGAAGCUUCUGCAGUGGUGAGGCCAGAGGGAGCAGACUUGCCUCAGGUGGGACCUGAGCCCGCAUCCAGCCCCUGUGCCCUGUCGACGAAGAAACGCGCCUUCCUGAGCUGCUUCCUUAACAAAGGUUCAUACUCCUUGUGCCUUAUUCUCCAACAGUGUUUUUCAACCUGGGAAGGGCGGAACACCCUACAAAGAUUAAGGAGGGUGAGAAAGAAACGCUGUCAAAGCUGGAUGGCCCGAAAGCCCAAGCGAAUCGCAAGCUGCCGACAGCAGUGCACGUGACCGCGGGAUCUCCACCCACGGCCUGACGUCAGCAAACCUUCCCGUGGUCUUCAGCAAGGACGGAUUCUGCUCUGUGGACAGCCCAGAACUUACUUGAAGAAAGGGUUCUGCUGUCUGAAGAGGUUCAGAGAAAAUUCAAGUCUCCGGCUCCACCAAAGCCCUACGACACUAGCUCCACCCCUUCAGCAGAGGCACAGCCCCGUGGCGAGGAGGAGCACCUCCAGGGUGGCUGGAGCACCUUCUCCGGACGCUGCCGCCCUUCCAAGGUGGGUGAUGGUAUCUCACUAAUUGCUGUGCCAGCUGGGCUUGUGCAAGGACAGUGUAAAAGGCUUUGUUCUUUAAAACCUGUAGAAUAUAAGUGGCACAUGAGUCCUGUCUUUGCUGCAAGGGUCUGGGGUUCUGUCCGUGCUUUUCCUUUGGGUACUGAAUUC